GCGCGGGGUAAGUGACGUAAUAGUGUAAGGCGCCCUGCAGCAGGCGGUGAGUUUAAAACCAUCCAAGUUGGACGGCUGCAGAAAAAAAAUAGUCCUGGUGAGCUCCAGUACAUGCUGUUUUCCAUUUUCAGCACCUUUUCCUCCCUGAAACGGAGGUGAUGCCAGGAGACAGCAUGCCUCUGCAGGAUGUGUUUUGCUUCGGUGUUCAAGGCUCCAUGUUGUCCCGAGCCAAGAGUAGCAGCAAGCGCAAGUGCCAAGACGUCUUUACUGAGGGCCUGGACACUGAAUGCACUCCAACGGACCUCAUUCAACAGUGGUCACCUGGGCACACGCGGCAACAUUCUCUUUGUAAGGGCAAAGAGAAUGACGGAAAGCCUUUUGUAAUUUCCAGACGAUCAAGGAAGAGGAAAGACUCAAUAUGCGCAGGCAUUUCAUGGGACCACCUUCCAGACGAGUUGAUCCUCCGGAUCCUCAUCUUCCUACCUCUGCAGGACCUCCUCAAGACGUCUGUUAUUUGCAGACGCUGGCAUCGUUUGGCGUUUGAUGAGUCACUUUGGCAAAGUGUGGACCUGGAGGGGGUGAGCAAUAUGGGUUUAGCACUGCAGCAGGUGUUGAAGACGGGGGUGCGCAGGUUACGAUGCCCUCGCUCUUUCAUAAACAACCUUCACCUAACUGGCACAUGCACACUGCAGGUUGCUGAAAUGGACCUUUCUAGCUCAAUCAUCACCACGCCCAUCCUUGAGAGCAUCCUCUGUAGCUGUAAUCUGAUAGAGUGUCUUAGUCUGGAAGGCCUGCAGCUCUCUGACAACAUUAUCAGUAGUCUGGCCCAGAAUUGGCGUCUACGGCAACUCAACCUCAGCGGCUGCUCUGACUUCUCUGCUCAGCCCCUCGGCCACAUGCUACAAUCCUGCACCAGAAUAGAACAGUUGAACAUAUCGUGGUGCCACUUCAAUAGCAAUCAUGUGAAGAGCGUGGUAAAUCAUGUCAGCUCCAACGUUACACACCUGAACCUCAGCGGAUACAGAGAUGGCCUCACACUAGAUGAUGUGAAGGCCUUGGUUACAAGAUGUCCUGAUAUUCAUACACUAGAUUUGAGUGACAGCACUCAGCUGAUGGCCGACUGUUUCCCUGUGCUGUCUGAGCUCAAACAUCUGCACCAUCUGUCCUUGAGCCGCUGCUACCACAUUCACAUUGCAUCCCUCACUGACCUCAGGAAGACGUUCCCCAAACUGCACUACCUGGAGGUUUUUGGCCUCGUAAAUGACAGCCACUUGUCCUCAUUGAAGAAGGAAAACCCUGGCAUUUGUAUUAACUCGCUGCCUUUCUCUGCUGUCGCCCGACCCACGCCUGCCAGCGUCCUGGGGACCGUUGGCGGCUACAGCAUGUGGAGCAGGAAAAAUCGACUCAGGUUUACGUUAUAGGUUUUCUUUCCAUUUGACCCCAAAACACACAUGUAGGAAAUGAUAGUUUGUUGCUAUCCAUGGUUCAAGUCAAUAAGUUCUAAACACAAAAUAAACAUUUGUAGAUCGUUCAGAGAAAUUAUGUACGUUUCUGUUGCUAGAAAACUUUUAAUGGCACCAAACUGUUCAAAAGGUUAAUAAUCAGGAAAAUGUUAAGCCAAAUGCAAUCUUUGCAGCAUGUCUUUCAAUAUUUAUAGCAGUUUGUCUCUGACCUUUUAUACUCACCGUCAUUGGUGUUUAGAUUAUAUUUUUCUAAGUGGAUUUUCAGUAUGUGGUGAACUACACCUAACUUUCAGAAAGUGUUUCAGAUGUUCAUAGUUGAGCCACGUCUUCGACAAGGCAAUCAGGUUAUUGUAUGUACAUUUCCUGUUUGUAGUAUUAAAGUUGACUUGAAGCAAA